AGCCGCUGUAGGGUCGCAUGCGCAGUAGGGAGAUCUGCUGGCUGCCUGGCAGAUGAACGCGGGCGGUAGGAAAUGGGCCCGGGUCCACACGGGACAUCUGGACCCCACACCAUGGUUCCAUCUCAUGACCCACUUGUGACAGAUUAUUAGAGGCUGCUGACACACGAGCAACUAUUAAGAACUUCAUUACAAAACGCGGCAACUCAGGAGAGACCUUCAGCGAAAAUUUGAAAUACUUUCAUACCGACUGUAAUUUUUUCGAAUAUGAUUCAGUUGUUGGCGUGGCAUUGAGGAAAUCCGGAUGUUUAAAUGACAUCGCGAGAAAUUUUAAGGACGUGUUGGUCUCUCCGCGGCGCUCAUUUCAACACUGCAAUUACCCUACACUUUCGAGACGCCCGCGGGACCUUUUGCAAGGCUACGAACGCAAUGCACCAGCCGGUUGACGAUUGGAGAUUUGGUGCCUGAAAGGGGUCGACUAUCUCUCUCGGAACGUUUGUUUGGAAUCGGGGUGUGAAAUAGAAAAUGGAAGAGCAUCUCGGCUCUCUACAGCUGUUCGCCCUACCUGUCAGCAAGCUGGCUUCUUGGAUAGCAGCAGUAGCAAUGAUUUUUGGCGGUGUGUUGCCUUACAUUCCUCAAUAUAGGGACAUUAAACGGACCCAGAAUUCAGAGGGAUUCUCCAUCUACGUUUGCCUGGUGUUACUUGUGGCUAAUAUAUUAAGGAUAUUGUUUUGGUUUGGAAGGUACUUUGAGCCACCCCUCUUGUUACAAAGUAUUACCAUGAUCAUUACCAUGUUAGUGAUGUUGAAGCUAUGUACAGCUGUCCGAAUGACCAAUGAACACACGACACGACGCCGUGCCUUUUCAGACUGUAAAGAUGAAGAAAUCAGAACUCCUAGGAAGUUCUUUCUGGACUUUGAUCUACAGUACUUCUGGAUGUGGAGCAGAUUUAUUGAUUAUAUCCAAUGCGUAUUGGUUUUCACUGUUGUAGCUGCAUAUAUAACCUACCUCCUUAUUGAUUCUUCGCUCUUUGUGGAAACGCUUGGUUUCUUUGCUGUCUUCACUGAAGCCAUGCUGGGUACUCCGCAGCUGUAUCGUAACUAUGAGAACAAAUCCACAGAAGGAAUGAGUAUCACAAUGGUGUUGAUGUGGACAAGUGGCGACACUUUCAAGACUGCUUACUUCAUUCUGAACCAGGCACCUUUCCAGUUCUGGAUAUGUGGAUUGCUCCAAGUUUGUGUCGAUAUUACUAUCCUCUUUCAAGCUUACUACUAUGACCGUUACCCUCAGAAACCAUCUUCUCACACCGUCCCUUCCACGAGCACCAAGGCACUUUAACUGCAACGUUAUUCAACAGGAGCACCAAAUGAUCAUGUCCUGCAAGGGACAGCAAAGCCCUCAAAAUUGAACCAGUGCCAAUAAUAUAAUGUUGGCUCUCAGGAUUCUGGAAGGAUCUCAAAGUUUCUUUCAAGAAAAAAAAGUUACACAGUUAAACUAUUGUCAGUAUGUCUUUGAUUAUUUAUAUAUUCUAUUAUGUUUAAUUCACCAUUGUCUUUCACUUGGUUUAUCUAAAUGCCUUAUCAUAUGUAAACACGAGGAAAUAUGCAGAUGCUGGAAUUUCAGACAACACACAUAAAAUUUGCUGGUGAAUGCAGCAGACCAGGCAGCAUCUUUAGGAAGAGGUACAGUUGACGUUUCGAGCCGAGAUCCUUCGUCAGGACUAACUGAAAGAAGAGCUAGUAAGAGAUUUGAAAGUGGGAGGGGGAGGUCUUGGCCCAAAACGUCGACUGUACCUCUUCCUAAAGAUGCUGCCUGGCCUGCUGCAUUCACCAGCAACUUUUAUGUGUGUUGCCUUACCAUAUGUACCAUUUUGGAACAUUUUUGUUUUCUGAGAUUUCCCCCCCCCCCCACUGGUGUUUCGUACAUCUUGCAAUGUGAUUGUGUUUUGAUCAUCUAACAAAAACAGUUUUUGUUAAAUCCUUUACACAUAUCCAAAGAAUCUUGCACUAAGCACCCACUUUUAAACAUGAAUCUUGAUUCAUUGUCAUAUGUUAUUAUGACCACCAUUUCCACUUUCUUCUCAAAAAGCCACAAGGAGACAAAUUUAAAAGAAAUCUGUUUUAUAUUUGGAAGACACAGAAUCCAUUUCCACACUACUUUGUUCAAGUGAUCCGAGUAAUUUUAUCAGUAACUAGUUAAAAUUGGAUCCGCAACAGCUUUCAGAGGUAUCAUGGGGAACUGGGAGCCAACUUAAUUUGUUGAUGAUUGGAUGCCUCAGUGAUGUUGCCGUUGGUACUGGGCACACUGGAGUGGAAGAGAAAGUUUGGACAUUAAUUUAGUGCUUCGGAUCCCCACCACACUUCACACCAGGUGCUUAUCCAGGGUGAAUUCUGAGCGCCUCUCAGAGUGAAAAGUGUUGGUACAGUGUUUGCUAAAGACAAGAGAGACUAAGAUAUUUGCUCUAUCAUGAAUGAUAGACGAUCACAGGAGAAGAGCAAAAAGUAAAAGAAAAUAUUUUGUCAGAUAUACUCCAUACUCAGCAAUGAAGUAAGUUAAUUGUAGUCACUUUCCAUCUUUGGUAAAAAUAGUAAUGGAAGUGAGAGUUCUUUUUAACAAAAUUGAUGACAUUUACUCUUUCAAUGAUCUCCAAAUGCUGACUCUAUUUUUACCCUUUCCUCUAGAUUUAUUGGCAUGUUAUCUUCACACAUCAAUUUUGCAUGGUGGUGUAGCAAUCAUUCCUAAACACAGAUCUAGUUUGCCUUUCAUCUGCCCCACUUCUCGAUGCUCUCAUUGGUGCUUAAAUCUGCCUACAUUUUUUUGCAGUGGAUUUGCUUAAAUAAAUAAGCAUUUAUAUGUAGGAAUUUCAACUAUAAUCCAUUUUGGAUGCUUCCUGUGCUGUUCUUCAUAUCAAAAGACUAACUCAAUAUUUUCUGUCUUCCUAUUUGGGGAAUGUCCUGGUACUAUCAUCCGCUUUCCCCACGCCAUGGUGAUUCCUUCAUACUCAGCACUCUGAGACAGCCAUUGGAGCCAGAGGCCAGGUUUUACCACUUUUAAUAUAGUUGACUAAUCCAAUCCAUUUCCUACAAAGAAAAGUUCGUAUGAUUACAUUAACAGCUGAAUAAAAUUAAAUCUUCUUUGCAGAAUACUUCAUUAAAGAACUUGGUACCAAUGAAUUCCAACCCCUUAAUGGAAGUAUGAUAUUACAGUCCUUACAGUCAUAUUCUUAAACUGUUGAACUGAGAUCUGAUCAUUUUUUUGUGUGAGCAAUAGUGUUACAAUUAGUUAUUUGACAUUCACAGGAUUCUAGCAGUCUGUGAAAUUGUAUUCUCUCAGACUGAAGUUAAACUGUUACCAGCUAACUUACAAUGGCUGGAAGCAAUUUCACCUAGUUUUGUAAAUAGGUGAGUAAAGCUGUUACAGAACUGUUCCACUGGGUGACCUACCUUUGGCUGUGUAGAGCAACAAAUGAGAGUUGUAUCUUGAAAGGUUCUUAACAAUUUCAGAAUCAGGUUAUCACUGACUUAGAUGACAUAAAAUUUGUUUUUUUGUGGCUGCAGUAUAGUGCAAAAUCAAAAUUGCUAUAAAAUUACAAAAAUAAUUAGUGUAUUAAAAAAAAGGGAUAAAGAGGUAGUGUUAAUGAGUUUAUGGACUGUUUAGAAAGCUGUUGGAGAAAGAGAAGGUGUUCCUGAAUUGUUGAGUAUGAGUCUUUAGGCUCCUUUACCACUUCCCCCAGUGGUGGUAAUAAGAUUUACAAUCCACUUUCUUAAUUUUGCUUGGGAGCUAUUUACUGAAUUUCUGCUAUAACUUUGUCACUGGAUAACAUUUGCUCUACAACAGGUUGCUGGUUGUCAUUGUUUGCUUUGGGCCUAAGUGACCUUACAAAUUUAAAGAGGAACAUUUUAAGCCAAGUUGUCUGUGCUUGUGUGUUCAUACUGCAGCAUGUGUAUUCAAAACCUAGGGGCCUGCUAAAUGCUGGCCUUUCUAAUCUAGUUAUAAAAUAUUUAAAUUUUCUAAAAUAUUUUCUUAAAAUACUUUUCAAAAUCAAGAACAGUUCCAUAUUUGUGCCAUAUUUGUUCUUCUAUUAGCUGCUCUAAAGAUUUAGUAACAAAACAUUUAUUCUGCUGAAACCAGUUUGCGCAGUUUUUCAUACUGGUGUUCUGAGUAAACCUUGCCUACCUUUAUAACCCAGACUCUACAGUCACCAUGUAAACACUUACACCGGCCUAAUCCAGUCAUUUGUGCAGUUUGUAGCCAGCAUAUGGCCACAGUACAAGAUAUAGCCUUCUGUUCUCAAUUAGCAAGCAAAAAAAAGAGGCUGAUCUUGUCUGGCAUCAUCCAUUGUAACUGCUAGCUUUUAGACAAGUUCCUAUACCUGUUUAUAAUUUUAGUGUGAAUUUCUGCAAACUCAAAGGAAAGUCACACCAUCUUAUCAUUAGCUUGCUUAAUAUUUUGAUAUUUAUUAAAUACAUACAAUGGGAUUUAUACUUUGCUUUCGGGAAUCUUAAAAUCUCUAUCUGUAUUCCUAGAGUAUGAAAUACCAUUACUAGUGCACGUUGAAAAAUAGAGGUAUUCCUAAACUUGAUUCCUGAUAUUAGGUGCAAUAAUCUCAAUUAUGUUUACAUAAUGUUUUCUUGUCUAUUUGGUUUUCUGCUAAACGGUAGGAAAGUAUUUACAAUGGGGGAUAAGUCAAAUGGGUACAUUUGGAUCUCGCACUUCUUGACUGGUCAUGAAAUGUUUAAACUUUUUCAUUUUUUGUUCUUACCGGUUACGUUGAGUAGGUUUACAUCAUGUUAGCGUUUAAUGUGUGUUUAUAAGUAUUUGAAUAAUUGACAUCUUGUAUUAUGUCAAAUCUACCAAAAAAGUAAAAGAUUUGUUCAUUGUCUAAAGGAACCAGGUGAAAGGACUGGACUGAACUGGCACAAGAAUGUGGCACAACACAGCCAGCCUUAGCCUGUGCUGCCGAUCAGCAUUGUAUGUAGGUGCUUUGAUGUAUUACAUAUAAGAUUACUGAAUGAAACGAGAAAACAUGACAAAACUUGAAGUGCAUUCAUUAGAGACUCUGUAUUCAUGCAUUAAACUAAAACUUAAAUAAAAGUAUUUGGAACUGAGAAUAGAUUCUUGUGAAUGCAAUUAUUUCCUUCCAAUUAAAAGCUUAGAUUAGAGCACACAUUUCUAAUGUUAUAUUUA